CCCAAGCCGACGCGGGGCCGGAUGCGAAUCCAUUCGCUGGAGAAUGUAGACAAGGCGCUUCAGUUUCUGAAGGAGCAGCGCGUUCACCUGGAGAAUGUGGGCUCACAUGACAUCGUCGAUGGAAACCACCGGCUCACUCUUGGCCUCAUCUGGACCAUUAUUCUCCGUUUCCAGAUUCAGGUGAUUAAAAUCAACACAGAAGACAACCGAGAGACUCGCUCGGCCAAAGACGCUCUCCUGCUGUGGUGUCAGAUGAAGACAGCAGGGUAUCCCGGUGUGAAUGUGCAGAACUUCACCAGCAGCUGGAGUGACGGGCUUGCGUUUAAUGCUCUCAUCCACAAACACAGGAGUGACCUCAUUGACUUUGCCAAACUGCAGAAAUCCAACACAACCUUUAACCUCCAGCAGGCGUUUAAUGUGGCCGAGCAGCAGCUGGGCGUGGCCAAGCUUCUGGACCCUGAAGAUGUGAACAUGGAGAAUCCCGACGAGAAGUCCAUUAUCACCUACGUGGUCUCCUAUUACCAUUACUUCUCCAAAAUGAAGGCUCUUGCUGUGGAGGGAAAGCGGAUUGGAAAGGUCCUGGACAAAGCUCUGGAGAUUGAACAGAUUAUCACGAGAUAUGAGACAUUGGCAUCUGAGUUGCUCGCAUGGAUUGAGCAAACUAUCGCUCUGAUCAGCAAUCAACGAUUUGCAAACUCAUUAACUGGCGUUCAACAGCAACUGCAAGCCUUCACCAACUACUGCACUGUGGAGAAACCUUUGAAGUUUGAGGAGAAGGGCAAUCUGGAGGUUCUGCUUUUCACCAUCCAGAGUAAACUCCGAGCGAACAACCAAAAGCUGUACGUACCCCAUGAAGGCAAACUGAUCUCCGACAUCAACCGG